UUCCAUUGCUUCUGUGCGAAACUCCGCGAUUGUUGGGAGUUGCCCACUGUCUGGUGCGUGCAACCGGAAGUGCCCGGCGUUUUGUUUUUGGUAGUUUCCGUCUCUUCAUCACAAUCUCUGUAACGGAUACCUGGAGUUUUGACAGGAUGACCCAGGCGGAGAGAGAACCCGAAAACGGGAAAGAGAAGGAGAAAGACCGUGAAAAGGAGAAAGACCGAGACAAGGAGAAAGAGAAGGAGCAGCGGGGAGUGAAGAGGCCGAUAGUUCCCCCUGUCAUACCCGAACCUUUACAAGAGCAAAUCCAGAGCAACUUCAUUGUGGUGAUAAAUCCAGGUUCAGCCACGCUGAGGAUUGGCCGAGCCACGGAUACACUUCCUGUAAGCAUUCCUCAUGUCAUUGCUAGGAGGCACAAACACCAGGGCCAGCCCCGCCACGAGGACCCCUGGCUGAUGAGAGAGGGUCUCAAUAAACCAGAAAGUAAUGAACAAAGACAAAAUGGCCUUAAAAUGGUAGACCAGGCAAUCUGGUCCAAGAAGAUGACAAAUGGUGCAAGAAGAAUUCCAGUUUCUGCUGAUCAGGCAAGGGCAUUCAAUAAACAAAUGCGGCCUGCAGUGUUGGAUCCAAGCUCCAGAGUGAAGUGGACGAACACAUCCCAUCACCCUGAGUUUGUUGUGGGAGAAGAGGCACUUCUCGUAAAUCCUACAGACUGCUACAACAUCCACUGGCCGAUACGAAGGGGACAAAUAAACCUUCAUGGUGGUCCUGGUGGCACCCUGACUGCAGUUAUGGCUGAUUUGGAGACUAUAUGGUCGUAUGCAAUACAGAAGUUCUUAGAGAUUCCACUUCGAGAUUUGAAGUAUUACAGAUGCAUCUUGUUAGUUCCAGACAUCAAUAACAGACAACAUGUAAAGGAGUUGGUGAACAUGCUUCUCAUGAACAUGGGCUUUUCAGGUAUUGUAGUCCAUCAGGAGUCAGUGUGUGCCACUUUUGGCAGUGGCUUAAGCAGUGCAUGUGUUAUAGAUGUUGGAGACCAGAAGACCAGUGUGUGUUGUGUAGAAGAUGGAGUGUCUCAUCGCAACUCAAGGUUGUGCCUGGCGUACGGAGGUUUGGACGUGACGAGAUGUUUUUUCUGGCUCAUACAGCGAGCUGGCUUUCCUUAUAGAGAGUGUCAGCUGUCCAGCAAAACAGACUGUCUCCUCCUUCAGCAGCUCAAAGAGACCUUCUGUCAUCUUGAACAGGACAUUUCAGGACUCAAAGACCAUGAAUUUCAACUCCGAAACCCAGACUCCCCUGCUGUGCUCUACCAGCUCCGAUUAGGAGAUGAAAAGCUACAGGCACCAAUGGCACUCUUCUACCCAGCAACCUUUGGAAUUGUGGGUCAGAAGAUGACAUCAUUACAGCAAAGAUCACAGGGAGACUCGGAGGACCCUCAUGAUGAGCAGUACUUGAUGGGUACACAAAGCAAACAGGACCAGUCUGCUAAAGCCACAGCUGAGAGGAAGACUUUUCCCAAGCCAUCUGGGUUUGACGGAGAGUCAUGCAGCCAGAACCCAGAACCCUCUGACAGGAGUCACUCCCAGGAAAUGGACCUGGGGCACUCCCAGAGCGACUGCCUGACAGGCAAUGAGGUGGAGGAGUCACCUUCUGCUGUCAUGUCCAGGAGAACGGCCAUAUCCCAGUUUGAAGGAAAAGCGCUGGGCAUUGAUAAAGCUAUUCUUCAUAGUAUUGACUGCUGUGCAUCUGAUGAGACUAAGAAGAAAAUGUACAGCUGUAUCCUAGUAGUCGGAGGGGGUCUUAUGUUCCACGGGUCACAGGAGUUCCUGCAGCACCGAAUCCUCAAUAAGAUGCCCCCUUCCUUCAGGAGAGUUGUAGACAAUGUGGAAGUCAUUACAAGACCCAAGGACAUGGAUCCGCGACUGAUUGCCUGGAAAGGGGGUGCAGUUCUGGCCUGCCUGGACACCACUCAGGAGCUGUGGAUCUACCAGCGGGAGUGGCAGCGCUUCGGAGUGCGCAUGCUGAGGGAGAGAGCUGCUUUUGUCUGGUGAGCUUCCUCCUGAGCUGGACACACUCAACCAGAAUCGCAGCAAAGGCUGUUGAAGUACCAGUGCCAUGAGCGCCAUCACUUUCUACGUGAAGUAUUGUUUGCAGUUGUAUGGCCAGCUGUCAUCUUAAAGACACUGACAAAGUGCACAAGCUUAGGCCACUAUGAUGAUUUUUUUAAUUUUUUUUUUUUUACCAGUUAAUGUGAUCAUGUUUUGUACUGUAUAUAAAUUCUUCCUCUAUUGCAUCUGAAUUUGUUCAAAGAAAGUUAAAAGAAAGGCACAUAGUGUGUUGCAAUGUUGUACAAAUUAAGUGAUUGAUUACCACCUCAUAAAAGCAAAUCCUGGUCUAAAUAAGUUGGCACAAUCCACUGCAUGACUCACUUACCUGUGACUGCUUCCUGUUUCCAUGGAAUCUGUAAAACAGAUACGUCAGCGACAAUUUGAAACGUGAGCAGGCAAAAAAAAAAAAAAACUUCUGACGAGAUUGGAACGCUUUUGUCGUCUUCCAAUGUAACCUGUCUAUAAACCUCAAAAAAAAAAUAUAUCGUUUUUGUUUGGGAAAAUGUAAUCCAUCUUUUUAUCAGUGCACCAAUAUACAUCAUGCCAACAAUUAACCACUACAAUUAAAUAGCUGUUUUUUUUGUUUUUUCCAAGACUGCUUAAACUAAUAAUUAUCUGUUUUCAGCUUUUCCUGCUGAAUCUGAUAAGUUCAAGUAAAAGUCAGUUCUAAUCUGAUAAUAAAAAGGAAGGUUUCUGACACA